UGAGACUGAUCUCCACUGGGUCAGGCGUCACACUGCCUACGUCACAAGCUCCUAAGAUGGCGUUUUGAUGACGACGGGAGAAGUGAGGACCCCUGCCCUUGUUUACAAGUGACACCAAUGCAAAACAUCAAGGGUAGGUGAUGGAGCUCCCCAACUACGCCAGUCAACUGCUUCUCCAGCUCAAUCAGCAGCGCUCCAAGGGCUUCCUGUGCGAUGUCAUUAUCAUGGUCGAGAACACGCUCUUCCGGGCCCACAAAAGUGUCCUCGCUGCCACCAGCCACUACUUCAAGUCCCUUGUCCUCCAUGAUAACCUCAUCCACCUCGACCCUGACAUGGUGGAUCCAGUUGUUUUCGAACAAAUUCUGGAUUUCAUUUACACCGGCAAGUUGGCAGAUGAGACCUUUGAGGGAGUGGAUUUAAGCUCUGUGCUCACCACAGCUAACUUUCUCCAGCUCAAUGACCUCGCAAACCUGUGCUCCAGUAAGAUCAACCAAAAUGGGUCCCUCGGUAGCGGGGCUCGUGGAAGCUCCAACUCAUCAGUUCGCCUGUACGAAGACCACUCAUCAGACACGGAAACAUACAUGUGCAUGACUCCUCCCAAAAAACGGCAUAGGGCUGAAAGUAGAUUUCAGAGAAAAAAGCAGGACUUGGGGUUGGAUUUGUCCAGGAAAACUUCAGUUAAUGACGAGGCUCUUCUAUCCAGAAACAUCUCCAACAAUAUGCCGCUGGGAAUAAAUGGGAACUGUGUUCCAAAGGAAGAAAAGUGGAUAAUUCCUUUGGACGGAGCUCAGGAAAGAAAAAGGCAGGGAUCCCGAAGAAAAUCCAAGGUCAGUGGUUACAUUCCUGGAAGCCAACUAAGCCAGAAUCAGACCUUCACUUUACAGUUAUCUGUGAAGAAAGAGAAAGGAAUUGGAGGGAAAACAGAUGAAAUUGACGGCCAAAAACCAAACAAUGGCAGCACCAAUUUUGUUUAUCAAAAGGAGACCUUUCUCAAAGAAGCUGAAGGAGACAACCCUUAUGUUUGUAUCCCAUGUGAAAAGGGUUUUCCCUCCUCUGAGAGUCUUAAAUCCCAUGUGGAAAGCCAUUUGGAUGUGGAUGUGAAGGUUGAGGAUGAGGAGGAAGAGGAACGUGACGGAGAGCCUGGAGUCACCAGAGUCUCACCCGAAGCUCACGAGAGCUUGGAGCAGAGUCCGGUGAAGUCCCUCAAAGAUGUCGACACCGUGCGUCCCUUCCCUUGCAACAUUUGUGGCAAGAUGUUCACGCAGCGCGGCACUAUGACCCGCCACAUGCGCAGCCACCUCGGUCUAAAGCCAUUUGCGUGUGAGGAGUGUGGCAUGCGCUUCACCAGGCAGUACCGUCUCACUGAGCACAUGCGUGUCCAUUCAGGGGAGAAACCCUAUAAGUGCCAGGUCUGUGGUGGGAAAUUUACGCAACAAAGAAACCUCAUUAGUCAUAUGCGGAUGCAUACCUCAGUAUCUUAGAACAGGUCAAAGAGCACUGCACUAGGAUAAUACAGGUACCCACAGUUCUCCAUAGUGCUUUGGUUCAGGUUCUUUUAACUAGGGUUCAGUUUCCCAGAACACUAUACAAAUUCCUUUAGGUCUUCUUUACAGGGGAUCCUUUUUUGAGCAAGCGAAGGGUUUAGUUUCACCCACAAAUCUUCUACAAUUCUACAAAGAGUCAUCUAGGUUAAAAAGGAAACUCACUAGUAUAAUUGAGGGCUCAUGUGUCAAACUCCGGUCUUGGAAGGCCACUGUCCUGCAGAGUGUGGCUCCAAAACACCUGCCUGGAAGUUUCUAGCAAUCUUGAAUACCUUGAUUAUCUUGUUCAGGUGUGUUUGAUUAGGGUUGGAGCUAAACUCUGCAGAACAGUGGCCCUCCAGGAACUAAUUUGACACCCCUAAUCUAGGGUACUAUUUUGGUAACAAAUUCUACAAAGAUUCCACUCGUUCAGGGCUAGGCAACAUCUUACCCUAAUCAAACAUACCUGAACAAGCUAAUCAAGGUCUUCAGGGUUCACUAAGGCUACAGACAAGUCAGGUUUUUUUCAGGGUAAGAGCUAGACUCUUGUGGAGCAUCAGCACUCCAGGACCUAUGUUGCCUACCCCUGCUUUAGAUUUUCUCCACAGUUUACUUAUUGGGUUAAUUUAAGACUCAGUUCAGGCCACAACUCCUCUAGAAUGCUACAAAAAUCUGUUAGACCUUCUCUACAGCGAUUUCCUUUUUGAGCAGAUCUUGGGUUCAUUUUCACCCACAAAUCCUUGGAAAUAUUACAGAGAUUCUUCUAGCUCAACAUGAAAGCCUCUGAAGAUCUCUUCUCAAACUUGCACCAUUGCACAUUUUCCUUCAUCGGUCAGACCCAAUGGAAGUCUUGCAGUCUCUUCCGAUGAGAUGAGGAGUCGAUGAGUUGAAGAAGGUGUGUUAGAUGAGAAGGACAUCCAAAACGUGCAGUGGUGGACAAGUUUGAGAAGCACUGAUCAAGGUCAUGGGUAGCCAAGCCAAGCCUGGAGGGCCACCUUCCUGCUGACUUCAGUCCCACCUGUGUUUAGUUAGGGCUGCAGCUAAACUCUGCAGGGUUCCUCAGAUCCAACCCUGGAGGCCCUGCAGAAGUUAUGCUAUCAAACUCACCUACCUGUAUCUCUGAAGACCUUGAGUAGCUUCUUCAGGUGUCUUUGAUUAGGGUUGAAGCUAAACUCUUAAAAUCAGGGUUCGUGAUUUGAGGAACCCUGAUCUAGAAUUCAAAUUCUGAAGAUUUGGGGUAAAAACUAAAGCCUACAUUUUCUGAAAUCUAUUCUUGGGAUCAAAUUUGGCCACAGAUCCUCUAGAAUUCUAUAAAGAUGAGUUUAGAUCUUCUAUAAACACUCUACGUUUUGAGCUAACUUUGGAAUCCGAAGUCAUUUAGAAUUUUAUGAAGAAUUCUCUCCAAAAUGGAACCUUAGAUUGUCUCAAAAAGAAAACCCUUGUAAGAGUAAUCUAUUCCAGGGUAAACUUUAAGGUUUGGCCACAGUUUCUCUAGAAUGACAUAAAGAUUAAUUUAUAUCUUUUCUAAAGACUUUACCUUUUAAGCUUAUCUAAGAUUCCAUUUGGAUUACAUUUAGAAUUCUAUAAAUCUUUUUUUUUAGAUCUUCUAUAUACCGAUUUCACAAGGAUUCAUUUUCAUUCACGAAUUCUACAAAUAUUUCCUCUAGUUCAGAAGGAAACUUCUGUAGAAAAGAUCCAAAGCCUUCUAUCUAUGGCAUUCUUUCAAAACUAGACUAUUGCAAAUACUGUUCAGUAGGGUUCCUGUACAGAGUUGACUUUUCUUUUUCUUUUAAAGAUAAUCUAGAGUUCAGUUUCCCUCGCAAAUCCUCUAGAAAGCUAUAAAGAAUGAUCUAGAUCUCUGAAAAAAAAAGUAUUGACGAUGAUUCACUGAUAAGCAUAAAAAUGCCAACUUCGGCCAAUACCUGCUGUUAUACCUUUCUUCAUACCUUCUUAUUGUUCUUGUGCAUGAAUUGUUUGUUAUUGUUAGUGUGUAGCUAAAAAAACAUAAAGUUUAUCUACUUAGCGAUGUAGUUUAAAACGAGAAUUACCUCAAAUAGCUAGUAAUCCUCUCAGAACGGAAACAGCCGAAUGUUCCUGGUGAUACCAGUUGUUUUACAGCAGUCACUUGCGAUAUCUCUCGAAUGUAAACUAGGAGUUUAUGCUUCAGAAACAGACCGCUGUAAUAAAGCUAUCAGGGUUGUUUACUUGAAUACACAAACUUGCUACCUCAGAUUAAACCAAACCCUCUGAUAAGCCUGUAUGAGAUUAAGAUUAUUACAUAUUAGAUUAGAAUAUUACACGCCGUCUUCCAUAUCACAGUCACUCUGUCUAGUUGAAUUAAUGAGCUUAAACUGACAUCUGAUUCAGAACCGAGGAAAACACACUUUUCAGGGGGUCAGGUAAUACUUCACUGUAGGGUUGCGAUCUGAGCUCGUGAAGUUGUAUCGCUCGAGCGUUUUAGGGUGCGUUGAUGUACAGUUCCAAAGAAAUAUUGAAUGUGGAAAUGCUUAAGAAAUACUGUAAAACUAUAACCAAAUCUAUAUUCUUGCUAAAUAUUUAAAUCUAAUUUAUGCUUCUUUCAAUUUCGGUUUAUUUUAAUAUUGCUUCUUUUUUUUUCAGGGAUUUUCUUUUGGGGUUUUUCUUUUUCUUUUUUCUUUUUUGAAUUUUUAUUUCAAUGCUUCAACCAAUGGCUUAAUUUAUACAGCAUGUUGUCCAUAUUUUCUUGUGGCAUGUGCAUUAUUCUUAUGAAUUUAAAGGAAUGUAAGGUUAGGCAUUCAUGCAUUUAGUGUUGAAACGAGACCAAAAGCGUAAAAUCAAAACCUACUGUAAAUAUCUUUGGGUAUCUUAAUGUAAUUGACGUGAUUUCUAUCAGUUGAUAUAUUACUGAAACGUGUACGUGUUCAGAGAUGAAAUCGUUUUCUUACUGUGUUUUAAUUUCUUUACACCGUGUUCGUUUUAACCUACCUCUCUAGUUGGGUAUUUUGUACGUUUUACAUGGAUUUUCAUCAUGCUGGAGGGCUGCUUUUUUAAACAAUACCUAAUUUUGAGGUUGUAUUAAUUAGUUUAGUCGCUGCUUGUCUGAUCUAGUAAUAUCAAAAGUGGUACUUUAAAUAACAGAUCAACUAGCCUAAGAUUUGAUUCGCUGUAUUGACUUUUCCUGGCACUCUUUGGUCAUGUAGUGCUUGCUUUUCUCUCUCUCUCUCUCUCUCUUUGCUUUAUAUUGAGAUGAUUAUUUGACACUGUCUGUAAAUCAAUGGGAUUCUAGAAUAUUCAGGAACUUUUUAAUACAUGAUGGGACUUGAAACUGAACUUCAAAACUGUGACAACACUUCCAUUUGCAUCCUCCGCAAACCUCAGGGAACAUUUUAGGGACACGUCCCAGUUCACUUUUUGAACCACAAAAGCGCCAUUAACCAAUGUUUUUGCAGCUAUUUUUUUAUUUUCAUUUUUAAAGAGUUUCAAUAUUCUCCACAACUGAAACGAUGCGCCUUCAGGAGGUUCGGCAGCUCUUUGCAUUUGCAGGACGGGUUUGUGUGUGUGUGUGUGUGUGUGUGUGCGCGCAUGGUUUUGAUGUGGUUUUCAAAUGCUUUUUGAAAUGUCAAGUACUUUGUUCAGAAAUGAUGAUACUACAGUAUUUGCCACCUGUUUAUGAAAACCAAAGCACAUUUUCACUCUUUGAAGAACUUAAGGUCCUAUUGUAUAUAACAUUGUUCUCAGUUAUGACAUGAAAUAAAAUUAAAUCAGAACAUC